CCGUAUACGGUCGAGUUCGUUGGUGGCGAGAGCUAGCACAUUGUGGUGAGAGUUUCGUAAGUGUUUACCUGCGGUGAUCGACUUUGUUUUUUUUACGGGGAAAACUGUACCAAGGACGAUUUAUUUAUCAAAACGAUGCAGUGAAAGAAGAAAUACACAUCAAAUAUGGGUGGCUGGAAACUGGAAUCUGUCCGAAUGGGCAUCUAUGUCUUCUUUCCUGUUGCAAUGUUCUACUGUUUCAAUAGAACUGAACUUUUUGAGAAAUACGUCACUCAGAAAGUGAAAGUAAUGUAUCCUUCGGAAGACCAAAUGCAUCGGAAGGAAUUUGAUGACCUCAGAGCAAGGAUGGAAGAAAGAAAAGCUGUGAAGCAAAAACAACAAGAAGAUGAAAGUCUUCGCCAGAUGGAGAUCGCCAGAGCAUCUCAAACGUCAUAGCAUCUUAGCAAUCAAACUCAAGAUGAAGUUGAACUUUACAAAAAGAGACAAGAAUGUGGAGAUGCCCAGGCCUGGAAUGUCAUCUUCAAGAGGGCAAGGCUAUUUUGCAAAGGUCACUUCAACUUGGCACCAAGACGAAGACCGUGGGUAAUAGAGUAAGCCGUGUCCGCCCUACAAUUCCAAGCCAGUAUGCUCGAUGGAAGUCCAGGCACAGCAUCAUGGCAAAAUGAAAAGAUUAAUUGUUUGAAUCUUAAGUAGCUAUCAGAGAUUGAGACGAAGGCACCUGAGCAUCUCUUCCAGAAAGAUUGUGUCUUGGAGAUCUCUGUGUAUUGAAAACAAGAACACUAGUCGACAGACUUAUGUUUUCCUGAACAAUCUUCUUUUUAAAUUCUAGUUUCGAUACAAAAUUCUUAAAAUUAAAAAUACUGCAAUUUUUCAGCUGAGUUAUUGCUAUAAACAGAGCUUUGUAAGUCUGAUUGUGAGGAUGCUUGAAAAGAAAGUUUUGCUUUCGAAACCCCAUUUGGCAAUCAUGCCUGAAUUUGUGCAAACAUUAAAGUCAAUUGGGCAACAUUUUAUGAUUGCACACUCCCCAAGGUCUAUUAUAAGUGGAAAGAAAGUCGAAGAAGAGUUAGGAAGUAAACAACAUAAGGUUAACUCAAAAUUUAAAAAUGAAUAAACUUUUCUGGGGAAAAUUUGAUGUGUUUCAUUACCAGCAGUAACUUUAUUUUUCAGUAUUUUCCGCACAUAACAAUAUUGCUGAAUUUACAUACUGUAUAUUAGCAGCCGUUACAUAACAUUUUUUCUCAGAAAACAUAAAUACUAGAUUUGAUAUUCAUACAAUGUUUGGGAGGGGGGGUUAGUUGAUGAUGCGACUAUGUUAAAUUUAAUGUUGAGUGUUUAGACAUUCACUCAGGUGGUAACAUGAUUUUUUCUUUACCCAUGUUUUGCUUAAAGAUUUCAGAAAGCUGGGUUAUUUUUAGUUCUUGUUGAAAAGUUUACUGUUUGUGGAAUAGUAUUUUUACACAAAUUUCCUGAGGCCUUUUCCAAACCACGGCUUGGUUGAGCAGUGUUUGUUUGUUGUUAUAUGUGUUUAGGUGAUUUUCCCGUCAAGGGAACUCUGCAAGUUUCCACAAGAUAUAAAACACCAACAGCCAUUCUCUCUCAUACAAACAUUUGUUUAACGCCUAUGAUUAUUACCAUCGCACUAUAAAUCAAGAAAUUGUGACUAGACAACAACACUCGAUCUAGUCAUAUUUGAACCCACAACCUUGUGGUUGGAAGUCCUUCACUAACAUCAAAUGAAGCCUGGAGACUGAGCCUAAACCGAGGUUUGGAAAAUGCCCCAGGAUUAUCCACAAGGACGAUGCUUUGAUUAGUCUGGUACCACUGAAGUGAACAUGUUUCAUUAUCAUCUUUACAAUACAUUUCACAGGUUACUAGACAAUCAAAGUCCAGUGUAAUAAAAUAAGAUGUUACUUGUAUAUUCUAUGGUAAUUAUUUCAAUUAUUAAGUAUAACUCUUUACAAUAAACAUCUUUGUACAUAGCUACAUUAUUUUGGAAAAAAUUGGUUACCAAAUUGAUUAAAAAAUAAUUGCAGCCCAAAUAAUAUGUAACAUCGUCUUGAGAAUGAUUAUUGUUUAUGUGACAGUACAUUGUGUUUGACCUUACAUUCUCAGAAAGACAAUUGUAAACAAUGAAACAUAAACCUCAUUGGUAU